AUGAUGAAUAAUUUAAAACGUCUGGAGGAUAAUCUUCAGCGAUAUAUGUUUUUAAUUGGACUACAAGAUCGUAACGAAACUCUUUUCUACAAGGUGGUUACAGAACAUACGGAAUACUGCAUGCCUCUAAUCUACACGCCCACUGUAGGUUUAGCCUGCCAGAAAUAUGGUCUUGUGUUUCGUAGACCUCGGGGUCUGUAUAUUACAAUCCAUGACCGGUACAACAUUGAUGAUAUUCUGAAGAAUUGGCCAGAGCCAAUUGUUCGUGUAAGCUUGGGGGAUCUGGGCGCCUACGGUAUGGGUAUUCCCGUGGGCAAAUUGUCCCUUUACUCUGCUUUGGCUGGUGUCAACCCAAGACAUUGCCUCCCCAUUGUUCUUGACGUUGGGUCUGACAACCAGGAUCUUCUUAAUGACACCCAUUACCUGGGUAUUUCACACAAGCGCAUUCGCGAUGCGCGCUACGAAGAACUGCUGGAUAACUUUAUGCGUGCCAUCGUUCGAAGGUAUGGCAACAACUGCCUUGUACAGUUUGAGGAUUUUGGAAAUCGGAAUGCGUAUCGCAUUCUCGAACGUUAUCGGCAUGAUUAUUGUACCUUUAAUGAUGAUAUUCAAGGCACUGCUUCUGUAACUGUUGCUGGUCUGAUUGCUGCUGGCCGCCUUACGGGUCGCCGGCUGUCGGAUGAUAUUUACCUCUUUGUUGGCGCCGGUGAAGCCGCCAGUGGGAUUGCUCAUCUCCUUAAAACCGCUAUGGUUAUGCAUGGAGUCCCAGAGGGCGAUGCCAUUAAUAAAAUAUACAUGUUUGACAAAGAUGGUCUACUGGUGGAGGGCCGUCCAGAGAAUAAUAUUGACGAACACAACUGUACCUUUGCUCGCACUGACGUUGAACCGAUGCGAAAUCUUGAGGAGAUUGUUCGCAAACUCAAGCCAACUGUUCUAAUUGGUGCAUCUGGUGUGGGCGGUCUAUUUACUCACCGCAUUUUACAGCAGAUGAGAAAGAACGUUGACCGCCCCAUAAUAUUUGCCUUGAGCAACCCCACCGAUAAAGCAGAGUGCACAGCCGAGGCUGCUUACAGUACCACUGGGGUAGGCGACUCAAUGGAGUUUUAG